UAAAUACUCAGUUGGUCAGAUCAGAGGAAGUGAACAACCACAGGAAGGGUGGAUAGUAUUUGAAGAAAGAGUUGUGAGCAUGUAAUGAAGAGGAAGACUGACAAAAAGAGAAAAUGGCUGAUAAGGGUCAUUUGUGUCUGAGGGGACUGAUCUUUCUCUCUUCACUUCUCACAGGUACCAGUGGAAUAGAUGAGACUCAUGUGUUCAUCAAAUCUGGUGAAAAUGUCCAUCUGUCCUGUAAUAAUGCUCUUCCUGACUGCAAAUCAACACAUUGGAUCUAUAAUGGAAUCAGUCAUUCAGAGACAGUUGAACUGACUGCUGGAGGGAUAAAGAAGACAGGCAUUGAGAGACAUGAGAGACUGAGUUUGGGGUAUAAUUGCUCUCUGAACAUCAUGAACGUCACAGAAGAAGAUUAUGGAUCUUACACCUGCAGACAAUAUGUGAAUGACAAACAACAAGGAACUGAUGCUCGUGUUUCUUUGCAUGUUCUCCGUGUCUCUUCAUCAUCCUCACAGACUGAGAUCAGUGCAGGCCGCUCUGUGACUCUCUCCUGUCAGUUGUAUUCAUUUGCUGGAGUCUCUUGUGAUCGUUGGAUCCAUUCUGAGGGAAUUGAGCUGUUCUGGGUGAAUCAGGCUGGUGUUAAACUGAUGAGAUCAGACUCCAGAUAUCAGAUAUCAGCUCCAGGACACUGUAUCAGCACUCUGAAUACAACACUCCUGAAUGAAGAUCACAACAGAGAGUGGAGAUGUCAGCUUACUCAGGGAAAUCAAGUCAAGAUCUCAGCCACAUAUACUGUCAAGAUCUCAGCUCGAGCUGCUUCGAUGACAGCAGUGAUUCCAGUCCACAUCACAAACUCUCAAACUACAAACAAGCACAUAACUAAAGACAUGAUCACAGAUCCAGGAAAAACUGAACUCAGCAGGACUACUGGAUCAUUAUUCAGAGAGAUCUUGAUUAUUCUUGAGACGGCAGUGUUUGCUGCUCCUACUGUGAUUCUUCUUCAGAUCAUCUGUGCAAGAAGAGCUGGAAGGAAGAACUCGCAGCACCUAGAGGAAAUAUGAAUACAAUAUUAGAAUAAAAUCCUCUCUACAAAUAACAGGCCAGAUUACAGCAAGAUUUAUCUUCAUCUCAGUGAUAUUAGGGAUAUUUGCAUACAGCUUUCAAGGAUAUUUGCUCCAUUUUUUGUACUGAAUGCUUUAAAUGUAAUAUUAAAUACAGAGAUCAACAGAGCAAGACAAAUACCUUUAAUGACCACAAAUGAUUAUUACAGAAAUUAUAAUAUAAAUGCCUGGCAAUUUUCUAACCUUGAUUCAUCUAAACAUUACAUUAAACUUUUUACAGAAGGCUUUCAAAAUUUUGUAAUAGUCUAUUUUAACGUUGUUUAAUUAUCAUAUUUACAGAUGCAUUUUUUUUUUUCACUGAUCAUUUCAGUGCAGACACAAAUUGUCAUUUAUGAAAAUAUGUGAAUGAUUGUCUUCUCCACAUCAUGCUUACAUCAUGUUUCAACAUGU